GUGGAUCUGUAACGAAGAUUCCGUCGCGUUCAUUUUCUAUCGAACUAACCGUUGCCGGUUCUUCGCUUAUCGUUCCUCGUUCAUACACCUAUUACCUAUUUGAUGACACGAAGAAAGGUCGCGAUUUGUUUUCAAAUAGCAGAGCCCGUUAAUAUUUGUACGAAGGAAUGUUGAUCGAUAUCAAACGAUGUACUCGACGAACACGGAAAGGAUAGAAAAACCUUCGAACAACGUGCACGGUAUGGAAGAAUCGUGAUUGCAGCGAACGCGUAAUCGCGUUAGCGUAUCCCGUAGCCGUAACGAAUCGGAGCGAAUUAAUUGUUCAGCGAGCUGCUCAAGCGUUCCCACAAUUGAAUCGAGUAAAGGCGCACCAUUUGAUACGAAUUUCGAGUUCUAUGGAAUUACUUAUGUAUUUCGUAAGAAAUUGGCUCGACGUCUCGAAGCUUACCAAUUUCCUCGGCGACGAUACUGCAGAACGUAAGAACGAUCAACAGGAAACACAAACGGCCGUACAUUUUUGAGAUCGGUGUUGAAAUCGACUUAGAGAUCGGCGUGACAACGAAGAUGGAGACUACCGAUUACCGAUAAUACUACCGCAAGUACGGGCACUAUAGUCAAUGUUGCUUCAUCCGUUUUCGAAUCGAUCAGUACAUUUUCGAAAACAAUUGGUUAAUCAACGCCGUUGUCAUUUUAUACAUCGCAAUAGCAAUAGAGCGACGUAUAACGUUUCAAACGAAGCGCUUAUACUUGAGCUUAUAUCAUUUUAUCCGGAAAUGUAAAUAGAUAAGUAAAGAGAUAACGAUUAUCAUGGAAACGCCUAUAAGAAGAGUAUGCGCAGGUCGUUUGUUACCUGGUUCCCGUGCAAAGAGCAUCGAAAUGAAGGAUCGAGCAUUCGAAUUUGCAUUACUGUUCACGAUUUAUGGAUCGGUUUUGUGUUACGAACCGGUGACGCCGGAGCACGGAAACGCGAAGAUCGGUGAAGCAUGCGAAAGAGAUCGGAAUUGCAUUCCGCACGCUUUCUGCCGGGUACAGAGGACUUGCUCGUGCGAUCAGUAUUACACGCCUGCGGUGGACAAUUCGAUGUGCAUUGCCAGUGCCGGUUUGGGUUGCGGAAACGAUCUCGAUUGCAGCACCAUGGCGAACGCUGUGUGCAGACAAGGAGUAUGCGCCUGCAAAGAUGCUUACAUUUUGGACAUAAAUAAUUCCUCGAAUUGCAUCAUCAGGCCGUCGGUGAUAGGCGACCGCUGUCAAAGGACCGAUGAAUGUCAAGACGCGUUCGACCGCGCUUGGUGCAUCGACGGUCGUUGCCGAUGCGUUUCGUCGCAUCAUUUCGCGAACAGUACCGGAAAAUGCGUUCAAUCGCGGCUUUUAUACUUCUCGUGCACGAACAGUUACGAGUGCAUUGACGAUGUCUAUGAAUGCCGAAACGGCGAAUGCGUUUGCAAAGAUGGAGAGCUGACUUGCAGCAAAGGCUCCACGAUAGCCUUCGUUGGAACUCUUGCGGCAAUGUUACCAGUGCUACUUCAAUGGAUUUGAAACGACGAUAUUACACAUAUACCGCAUCUUCCAUCGUCUGUUAUUACCGAUUAUACUUCGAAUCGAUGCGAUACUAUUUGUAUAAAACAUUCUGAUGUAUUCGAUACCGAAAUAAAAUAUAUUUGCAGCUAUACUUCUAUGUCUUAGCCGCGACUUCUAUCUUUAACGCUUCCUUCCUCGCCUGCUCACCGAUAUUAUGUUCUUUCCCAAGGAGCAAUUUCCGAAAUAAUUAUCGAAACGCGUCUACUUAUAAUAUACAGCUAGAGUAUCUUAUGUAGCACAAAAUUUUUCAAAUGCCUACGUCGGAUGCGAUGGUUACUCAUUCAAGACUCCGAAUUCCUUCGUCGUUAUUCAUUGAGAUUUAUUCCUCGGAUAUUUAUGCGGUACAUUACACGUUACAAGCUUCGGUGACACCACUUUCAUGCCUUGAUAAAAACGUACUUGAGUACAUAC